AUGCCGUUCGCUAUCAACAUGCUCUGGUCGGCACCAGAGAUCAACCCAUACAACAAGAAGGCCACAUCUAUUCCCGUCUUGAAUCCGAUCAACAAAUAUGGUCGUGUAUUCUUCUUCUCUUACCUGGGCUUCUUCAUUGCUUUCUGGUCAUGGUACGCGUUUCCACCUCUGCUGAGUAAGAGUAUCAAGGAGGACAUGCAUUUGUCACAAGAUCAAAUUGCCAACUCCAACAUCGUCGCGCUAUGUGCAACACUUUUGGUCCGCUUCAUUGCGGGACCCAUGUGCGACCACUUCGGCCCGCGCAUUACAUUUGCCAGCCUGCUAUUCGCCGGUGCCAUCCCGACCGCUCUGGCUGGUACUGCCCACAACGCUACGGGUUUAUACUUCAUCCGUUUCUUUGUUGGUAUUCUCGGCGGCACCUUCGUACCAUGCCAGGUCUGGACAACUGGAUUCUACGACAGGAAUGUUGUCGGCACUGCCAACGCUUUGGUCGGAGGCUGGGGUAACUCUGGCGGCGGUAUCACAUACUUCGUCAUGCCCGCUAUCUACGACUCUUUGAAGAGGGACCAGGGUCUCUCCUCGCACGUCGCAUGGAGAGUCUCCUUCAUCGUUCCAUUCAUCAUGAUCAGUGCAUGCGCUACCGGUCUCCUGCUGUUGACCGACGAUACGCCUACCGGAAAGUGGUCUGAGCGUGGUGCAACCGUAGUGUCUAGCAGCGAUCAAACCAACCAAGCUUCCGUGGUCCCCACGACCGGUGCCCUCGAUGACAAGCCUGCGACCACUGGAUCGAUUUCCUCCAACGACGAAAAGAAGCGAGAGCAACCGGCCGCUGACGUAGAGGCUGGACGUGGUGAUGUUCAAGUCAUGGACGAAUUCCAGCACGAAGUCGUAGUCAAGCCUACUUUGAAAGAGGGACUGAAGGUCAUGUUCUCUCUCCAGACACUGAUGCUCUGUGCGGGCUACUUCUGCUCCUUCGGCGGUGAACUCGCUAUCAACUCUAUCCUUGGUGCUUAUUACCUCAAGAACUUCCAGUCCCUUGGUCAAACACAAUCUGGACGCUGGGCAGCUAUGUUCGGUCUCUUGAACGUUGUUACCAGACCGCUCGGUGGCUUUAUUGCGGAUCUUAUCUACAAGGUUACCGGUCGCAACCUCUGGGCAAAGAAGUUCUGGAUCCACUUCGUUGGCGUUAUGUCUGGUAUAAUGUGCAUCGUCAUUGGAAAGGUGGAUCCCCACAACCUCAGCGAGAUGAUCGGCCUCAUUGCGGUCAUGGCCAUAUUCCUUGAGGCGGGUAAUGGUGCGAACUUCGCGCUCGUACCUCACAUCCACCCUCACGCUAAUGGCAUCCUCUCCGGCAUCGUUGGCGCGACUGGUAACUUUGGUGGUAUCAUCUUCGCCAUCAUCUUCCGCUACCACAAGACGGACUAUGCGCAGGUUUUCUGGAUUAUUGGCAUCAUGAUCAUUGCGCUCAACUGCAUGUUCAUGUGGGUAAAGCCUCUUCCCAAGGGCCAGAUUGGUGGUCGUUAG